GAGCCACCGAAAACUCCGGAGCCUCCGAAGCCUCCGAAGACUCCGAAGCCACCGAAGCCUCCGAAGCCACCGAAGCCUCCGAAGCCUCCGAAGACUCCGAAGCCACCGAAGCCUCCGAAGCCUCCGAAGCCACCGAAGCCUCCGAAGACUCCGAAGCCUCCGAAGCCACCGAAAACUCCGGAGGCACCGAAGCCACCGAAGACUCCGGAGCCACCGAAGCAAUUCAAUAUC